UAUGACUGAAUAAAUUUUGUAUACAUCCAUCGUAUUUCUUAAAAUUCACAGUGAUUUUUUGAUCGAAAUUCGAACAAAUAAAUUAAGAAAUGAUAAAAUAUCAUUUGAUUGUGACUGAUUAGUGUAUAAAUAUACUUUUUGAUUUUAUUUUUAUGAACUCACAAUUGAUUUGAGUUUCUAUCGAAAUUUUUGUGUUUGCAGUGUACGAAUAGAAUGCAAACAAUGUUAAUUAAUUUAGUAGCAAUCUUGUUGUUAUUUUCAAAAUUGAUCUUCGCUGGCAUAAAUAACUUACACACAUAUGAUAACAUUAGAUCGCACGAUAUUUUCUUCGAAAUUCUGCAACCAGAAGAUUUGGAAUACACCUAUAGGUUGAAGCCAGCCAAAGAUUUUGGCGGAACAUUUACGGACGACACCUUCAAACAAAGGUCACGUAAUCUUUUGGUGUUUGCCGAGCCACGUGAAGCGUGCACAGCACUUGAAAAUCCACAUGAGCUGUCCGGUAAUAUUGCAUUGAUCGAACGUGGUGAAUGUACAUUUGUAAGGAAAACCAUUAUGGCAGAAGAAGCGGGAGCGAUUGGAGCAAUUAUUACCGAUACACGAAGUAAUUUCAAUGAAGACGUUUUCAUUGAGAUGGUUCACGAUAACACAUCGCGCAAUACGAAUAUACCGGCUGGAUAUUUAUUAGGUAGAAAUGGACGAAUGAUUAUUAGUACAUUGGAUCGAUAUGGUUUAGAUAGAGCUAUCAUUAAGUUACCAAUUAAUCUAACAUUUACACCACCUGAACUUAUAAAUUAUCCACCAUGGACCAUGGAAUAACGGAGCAAAAAAAGUGUUACCACCAACUUACAAGAAAGACACAUCGCUGUGAUUGGAAUGAAACUUAACAUCGUAAUAUCUACAUAACAUGAUAACAUUUAUCAACUUUAACAAUUUAUAGAAAACACAAUUACGGCAGAAAUGAUGCUAGUCAAUUAGAAUGAAACAAAGGUGUGUGCGUCAAUAUGAGCAAUUGUAAAAUAUAACAGUAAAGCAAUCUAAUGGUAUUAAAAUAAUUGUGUUGAAAUAAUGUUAAACCA